CGUCACAAGGUACUCCCAGGUACAGACAUAAAGUCUACACACUAGAUUACACGCUAAGAUCUCAUGACUGUGACGCAGCUUAAAAAAUUAGUUUCUAACUGGAAGUAUAAAUUUGCUCGAAAUUAGGCGAAAACAAACAAUUUUCACUUUUUAGUGAAAUAUUUGUGUCCUAAUAGUGUUUUUAGCAGUGUGGGACACAUAUACGACCGUCAACAGCUCAAAAAAAGGUGUUUUACUGUUUUGUGAGCCUGUAAGUGCAAGUACUUAAAUAAUUUUAUAUUUAGGUCAUUACUAUAACCUUUUAAGCGAAUUCUACUUUUUUGUAGACAAAGUUUAUUGGAUGAAUAACUUUAAGUACAAUAGAGUUUUUGUCUGAUCCUGCACCUGCUCCCAACCUGACUUACUGUUCAGGCUAUGGCAUUUUCUCGUGGCUGCAGUUGCAGGACACUUCUGGUGAGUAUACUGUAAACAUUUCACCCAGUUUUUAUUUUUCGGCUGUUUGUGAAUACAGGAAAACACUGUUUUAAGUAUGUUUCGCUUAAAAUGUAUACUAAAUAGUUCAUGGGAGCUGUUAAUGUAGACAAAUGAGACACGUGAUUAUAUUUAGAAGGACCAACUGAAUUAAUCUUUUUCUUUUUUCUCCACACAGAUAUUGUGAGGUGUUAUUUGUUAGCUUGUUAAAGCUACUUGUAGUUCAACAGGCACAAUGUAUAUUUUUACAAGAGACACAUUCCAGCGCAGAGGACUCAACCUUCUGGAGAAACCAAUGGGGUGAUACUAUACUGUUUAGUCAUGGAACUAUAGAUCUGCUGGCGUAGUCAUAUGCUUGAAUAACUGUCCUGGUAAAGUAGUUAAAGUGAAAGAAGAUAAGGAUGGACACUGGAUUGCUGCAGUUUUGAUGAUUGAAGGUACUCCACUGAUUCUUCUAAAUGUUUACGGAUAUAAUGGUCAAUAUAAAAAGAGAAUUUAGCUGGAAUGCAUUUCAGAAACUAUUAGAGAGUUGAAAACAUUUUUCCCAACUGAAAAUAUGUUGGUGACUUUAAUUGUGUCCCUGAUGAAUGGAUGGAUAGAUUUUCAACAAAAUACGGUUAUUAUGAAAUGAAUGUAUUACAAAUUUUUGUAUUAAUACUUCCCUAAUAGACGUUUGGAAUCAUGUUAACCCUGAAGUAAGGCAAUAUUCAUGGAUUAGACCCAAUGGAAAUUGUAAAACAAGAAUAGAUUUUUGGUUGGUAACCCAAGAAAUUUUUAAAUAUGUUUUGCAAGCUAAAAUCUCUGCAGCUCCUACAACUGAUCAUUGUGUAAUUACUGUCACACUGAUCCCAGGCUCUGAAAGAACAUGUAGGCAAAAAUAUUGGAAAUUUGAUGCAAACUUGUUAAAAGAAGAAUAUUUUUGUGACAUGGUUAAAAAAAUCUUAUAUUCAAUUAUGACAAAUGAUGAGAUAAAGUGAGAAUGUACUCAAUUAAUUAUGGUAAAAUAUUGUGUAAUAAGCAAAAAGAAUUAGAAAAACAGCUGAUAAAAGACAUUAAUGAUUGUUGUAAAAAGGAUUUAUUAUUAGAACCUAUUAAAGAGGAAAUGAUUAGAUUACAAACUAAAUUGAACGAUUUCUCCUUAAAUAUGGCACAAGGGGCAUAUAUACGAUUUAGAGCAAAAUGGAUGGAAGUUGGUGUAAAAAAACAGCUCUUAUUUUAGUAGAUUAGAAAAAAGUAGACAGAAAUGCAAUUACCACCUUAAAUCUAAAUAAUAAAAUUGUAACUGAUCCAAAAGAAAUAAGUAAUGAGAUUUUUAAAUUUUAUCAAAGCCUAUAUUCAUCAUCAUUUUCCAUGAAAAUUUCUGAGAAUUUCUUCAAAAAUUCUAUAAUUUUAUUCCUAAAAUUGAUGAAGAUUUUAAAAUGAUAUGUGACUCUGAUUUAAAAAUUGAAGAACUUGAUGCUGCUAUUAAAAAAAUGGCUUUAGGUAAAUCACCAGGUCAAGAUGGACUUGCAACUAACUUUUAUCUUUUUUCUGGAAUGAUAUGAGAGAAAUGCUCUUUAAAGCACUAAAAGAAUGUUUAGAAAGUAAUACACUACUAACUACAAUGAAACAGGCUAUAAUUAUUUUCAUACCUAAACCAAAAAAGACAACACUCUUAUUGAUAAUUUAAGACCAAUUACUUUACUUAACAUUGAUUACAAAAUAUUCACUCAUGCAUUAGCUAGUAGACUUAAAGGUGGUAUAGGUAAAAUUAUUAGUGAUACACAAUCUGGGUUUCUUCCAAAUCGACUAAUACAUAAUAACAUUCGCAUGGUGUUAGAUUUAUUAGACUAUUCACAUUUGAUAGAGGAUGAUGGUAUAAUACUAUUUCUGGAUUUUCUAAAAGCUUUUGAUAAACUUGAACACCCUUUUGUUUUUCAGUCUCAACAAUAUUUUGGGUUUGGCACAAAAUUUAUUAAUAUUCUUUCAAUGUUGACAAUAUAACAAAUAACAAGUGCUGUUUUACUUCAAUCGGGUACUACAAAGAGAUUUGAUAACAGAAGGGGAAUACGACAGAGAGAUCCAGUCAGCCCCCUUCUUUCUUACUUGCUGCCGAAUUAUUAGCACUGUAUAUUAAAAUAUUAAGCCAUUAAAAGUAGAUCCUUGGUAAUUACACAAUUAGCUGAUGAUACAACUUGAUUUCUGAAGGACUCUAAUCAAAUACCGAUUGCCUUAAAGUCUAUAUCAUUGUUUUCUAAUGCUUCAGGGUUACAUUUAAAUUUGAAAAAAUGUGAGAUUCUUCACAAUAAUACAUAAAACUCAUUGUAUAAUAUCCCAAUUAAAAGCUAAAUAACAUACUUGGGAAUAACUAUUACAAAAAAUUUUAGGGACAGGGAAAAUAAUAAUAUUCAUACUGUUGUACAGAAAAAUAAAAAACAUUAAGUAGCUGGUUACAAAGAAAUAUUUCAAUUUUGGGGAGAAUAUUAUUAACAAAAAUGGAAGCAAUAUCAAGAUUAAUCUAUCCAGCAUAUUCCUUAGGUGUACCAGAAAGAUGUAUUAAACAAAUUAACAGAGUUCAUUAUGAGUUUAUUUGGAACAAUAAGCAACAUUUAAUUCGAAAAAAUGAUUUGGUAAAGUUAUCAGAGGAAGGGGGGUUGAAUGUUAGUGAUUUUGGCGUUAUAAAUGGAGUAAUGAAGUUAAAAUGGUUACAAAGCUUUGUUAAAGGUGAACCGUCUUUAUGGUUUAGCAUCCCUUUUCAUAUUUUUCAAAGGAUGGGAGGAAUUUCUUUUCUUCUAAAAUGUGAUUUUGACUUACUAAAAUUGCCAUUUAAAUUGUCUGGUUUUCAUGCAGAAGUGUUACUAUAUUGGAAGAUGUUGUACAAGCACAAUUUUACUCCACAUAAUGUUAUCAUUUGGAAUAACAGGUGUAUUUUUCUACAUGACAGGAAAUCUUUAUUUUUUAAAGACUGGUUUGGCAAAGGAAUUUGGAAUGUAAUUCAUUUAAUGGAUGAUGAUGGUAAUAUGUUGAGCUAUGAUCAUUUUAGGUUAAAAUUCAAUUGUAAUUGUGCAUAUAGAGAAUUCUCUUUGGUUGUCAAAGCUAUUAAUGUAGCUUUGAGGAACUUAGUUAAAGGUAUAGUGCAAUACUCCUCUGUAAUACCUACACUAGUUGAUUUGUUUAUAAAUAAUUAUUCUUUUUUGGAUAUUAAACGUAACAACAAGGUCUUGAGAUCACUACUGACAAAAGAAUAUUUUCCUCUUCCUGUUAAAAGAAAAGUUUUAUCUGAGAGAUUUUCUAAAGCGAACACUAUUGAUAUUAGAAAAAGAUACCUGUCAUUUCCCUUGUUACCUAAAAUGAAAGAAGUACAUUUCAAAACAAUUAAUGACAUCUAUCCAUGUAACGAAUUUCUUAGAAUAAGAUUUCAUUUAGACAGUAAUGCUUGUAUUUUUUGCUUGAAAGAUAUAGAAUCCCAUGAACAUCUUUUUUAUAGUUGUUCCAGUGUCAAAUCCUUUUGGGACAGAUUGUAUUAGUGGUUGAUAACUAAAAAUGUAACACCUGCGUUUGACUAUCACAUUGUGAAAUUUGGCAUUUUUAUGAAAAACAAGGAAGUUAAAUUUCUAUGUAAUAAUAUGUCGAUUGUAGCAAAAUUUUAUGUACACAAAUGUAGAUUUGUUAAAGUUUCUCCUUGUUUCAAAGCAUUUACAAAUUAUUUCAAUAUAUUAUAUAAAUCUAUAAAACAAGUAAAAACAAAAGGUGCCUUAAAGCUCUCUAAGCUUUUGUCAACAUAUAUGGACUGACCCCUCUGAAUGUAAUGUAUUUUCCUUUGUAUUAUUUAAGGUUUAUUUUUAUGUUAUUAUUAAUUUGUACUGUUUUGUUUAUUAUAAGCUGCUUGGAUAUAAUGAUAUAUAUGUUUAACGAUGGAAGUUGAAAAUGCCUGUUUGUUUUUUGAAGUUUAAAUAAAAAAAAAAAAGUUCGUCAAGAGAAUAAUAAAAUACGAGAUUGCUAGAAUAUAAAUGUGUCACUGUGGUAUUGGAUAUACACAAUUUAUCAAUAUAUAUAAACAUGUAGCCUAUCAAAAAAUAGAAGUGCAAGUCACUGAUGAUAUUUUAAGCAUGAGGAUUAAAAUAUCAGCCAUACUUAUUAGAGUCGAGUAAAACCAUUCAUUUAUACAUUCAUUAAAGAAUUUACCCAUACAAAAUGUCAACCUCAACACUGUCAGUGAAACAUAUACACACGCACGCAGUACAAUAAAGAAUGAAUGAAUAAAUUAGGAGCAAAAAUAUUAUGUCAAUAGAAAAAAAAAGCAUGCAUCCAAAAUCAAAAGAAUGCUGAGUUUAUACGAAGAACGAAACCGGCAAAAAUAAAUAAAUAAAUAAAUGAAUAAAUACGCAAAAAAAAAAAA